AAGGAUACAACACACUAUUUCUCCUUGGCUCUGUGAUUAUAUCAUAAAAGUUGAAGAAGAAAUGACCAUCAGUGGAUGAAACAUAUUCUGAAUGUGAAGAAAUGCAAAAAAUAGUGAGGAGUAUUUCAACCAAAUUUCGAUUGCACCAAACAAGUUUCCAGGCUGUGAAAUGUUUGAAUGGACAGAGAAAUAAUGAAUAUAAAAGAAAUAAUUAUUCCUUUGCUGGAAAUAUUGGAGUUGGUACCAUAUUAGCUACUGCCUUAUAUUUAGAAUGGUCAGAUGACAAAAAUGCAGUCUAUGCAGCAACUGCACCCUCUGUUCAACAGAAACAUGUCAAAGAGAUUGGGAAAUUCAAGGAAAACUUGCCAUUUUAUGCCCUUGAGGAAGUGGGUAAACAUACAACAGUGGAGUCUGGAAUAUGGGUGACCUAUAAAGAGGGAGUAUAUGACAUCACAAAAUUCAUUGAAGGUCACCCUGGGGGUGAUCAGAUUUUGAUAGCUGCAGGAAGUUCAGUAGAACCCUUCUGGGUUCUGUAUGGAAUACAUGAAAAUCCUCAUGUUUUUGACAUUCUGGAGUCUUACAGAAUAGGCAACUUGAAUAAAGAAGAUGCCCAGCAUAUGACUGCUGAUAUGUCAGAUCCAUAUAGCUCUGAUCCAAAGCGCCAUCCUGCUUUGAAACCAGCAAGUGCUAAACCAUUCAAUGCAGAAUGUCCUCCAUCUUUUUUAGUAGAGAGUUUUUAUACACCAAAUGAACUUUUUUAUGUGAGGAAUCAUUUACCAGUACCUGAAAUAGAUCCAGAAAAUUACGAACUCGAGAUAUACAUUGAAGGCAAAGAUAAAACAAGAGUUUUCAGUUUGGAUGAGUUGAAGAAGAUGCCAAAGCAAACUAUUACUGCCACGAUCAUGUGUGCUGGUUGUAGAAGAUCAGAAAUGACAAAGGUGAAACCUGUAAAAGGGUUGAAUUGGGGCCCGGCUGCUAUUGGAAACGCAACGUGGACAGGUGUACCAUUGCGGGAAAUUCUUAAACUUGCUGGUGUCAAUGAAGAUGAUGCUAAACAUCAACAUAUUCAGUUUGAAGGUGUAGACGCAGACGUUACUGGAAAGAUGUACGGUGCCUCCAUACCGAUUUGGAAAGCUCUGGAUAAAAGAGGGGAUGUUAUUUUGGCUUAUGAGAUGAACGGUGUACCAAUACCCAGAGACCAUGGGUUUCCAAUAAGGGUAAUAGUACCUGGGGUAGUCGGUGCGAGAAACGUCAAGUGGCUAGGCAAAAUUGUCGUGGCCAAGGAUGAGAGUGACUCUCACUGGCAACAGAACGACUAUAAAGGGUUCUCGCCCUCCACAGACUGGGACACUGUGGAUUUCAGUAAAUCACCGGCCAUCCAAGAAUUACCAGUAAUUUCGGCCAUUUGCCAACCCGGUGGUGGGGAUACAGUCCAAGUGCAGAAUGGGCGAAUAACUGUCAAAGGUUAUGCUUGGUCAGGAGGCGGACAGAAGAUAGUGAGAGUCGAUGUGACAGCUGACGGUGGUAAAAGUUGGCACGUUGCGAAGUUUGAUCAUCAGGAUUCCGCUUUGCCACCCAAGCACUGGGCUUGGACCUUGUGGUCAGCCGAAAUUCCCGUGGAAAAUAAUGCUAAAAGCGUUGAAAUAUGGGCCAAAGCUGUUGAUUCCUGUUACAACACUCAACCAGAGAGUUUCGAGAAUAUAUGGAACUUGAGAGGAGUUUUGAGUAAUGCAUACCAUAGAGUGAGAGUCUAUUUGAAAUCAUAAAUAAAGUCUUCCUUGUAAUAUUAAUUCAAUUGUGAUAAUUAAGGUGGCAAAUAGUAGUAUUUAUAGUGUUAUGAAUUGUUAUAAAAAACCACUGUUUUUCAUUUACACAAGAGAAAAAAUGUAGACAUUGAUG